UGCAUCUUUUGAACAUGUUAGUAUAAAUAAUAUAGACCUUUUCUGGCAAACACUCAGCAUGACACUUCAACGUAAUACACCUGAGCUUUUUGGCCCUCUAAAAAGCCUACAAAUCAAAUCCGCAAAUGAUUUUCUUAACACUUUUUAUAGAACUCAAUAG